GUUUGAUGCUAUAAAAACUGACUAUCAAAAAAUUCUAUCACCUCCCUGUGAUCACAGGCUUUCUAGUCAUGUAUAAUAUGAUUUAUAUUGAAAUGCUACUUCCCCCUUUUAAAGCGUUAGCACUUAGAAGUGCACUGGAAAUAACAUUACUAUCUUUAGAAUGUCUAGAUAAUGAAAAAGCUAUUUAAAAGAAGUGGCUCCAAAAAGAAUAAAACUAGCCUUGAUGGAUCUUUUGCCAACCUAAGUGUUGAUGGCUCUCCUGGGAGACCAAUCUCUCAACUUAGCAAUAAUUCUGGAGACUCAAGUUACAGCCUUUCAAACCUCUCUAUAGACUCUCUUGGUCCUGGUAAAGGAUAUGUGCUGGCAAAGAAACAGAAACUACCUGCAUCUUGCAAAGCUGCCUGGAAAGGAGAUGUAAAAAAGUUAAAGAAAGCUCUCAAAAAGAGUGAUGUUAAUGAGAUAGACAAAGAUCUGAGAACCCCUCUUCAUUAUGCCUGUGCUCAAGGCCACGAUGAAGCUAUAUGCUUUUUGUUAGCCACUGGUUCAGUUAAUCCAAACAUCUGUGACAAUGAGGGUAAAACUGCACUGAUAAAAAGUUGCGAAUGCAAUCAAGCGACUUCGGCUCAAUUGCUGGUUGAUCAUAACUUUACCCCAAUUAUUGACUUUAAUCUUGCUGAUAAAGAUGGAAAUUCUCCUCUCAUAUUCGCUGUCUCAAAUGAUAACGUUGACAUUUCGUCACUCCUCGUUAUUUCUGGAGCCGAUGUAAAUCAUUGCAAUAGUGGAGGAGAAAGCCCACUUAUAAUUGCAACAAGGAAAAACAAUCACGAAAUCGUAGAACUUUUGGGAUCUGAGAGUGCUGAUCUAAAUGUUGUAGACAACGAGGGAAGGACUCCUCUGAUGAUGGCAGUCAAAUCAAAUUAUGUCAGCAUUGUAAAGUAUCUUUUGAGUCUGUUCCCUGACACAACUAUGAAAGACAAACAUGGCUGGACAGCUUUUGAUUUUGCCCAAAUCUGUGCUGACAACACUUGUUUAAGGUUGCUUGAAGACCAUGACAAGAAAUGUGACAAUCCUGAGUACAACCCAGAACAUGAUAACAUCACCACUAUCAAUAGUCAAGAUGAAGCUGUCAACCAUAAGAACUCCGCUAACGAUUGGACUGCCCCACCGGAUGGAGAUCUGACAGAAGAUGAUAGUUUUAUGUCAUCUCCGAUAGAAUUAAACGGAACAAUGUCGCCAGAUAUCCCUAUGAACAAGUCUACAGACGAUAUAGAGAUAGAUGUUGAUCACGUCUUUUCAUCUUCAGACAAGUCGGUUUCUGAGGUAGAUUUGUCUAUGACACAUGACAAAGCAAUUGAACCUAGUCCCGCUCCUGGGGCUGCUGUGAACCGUCUUUUAGAAGUCAUGAAUAAGACGGCGGAUUUAAGUGAGGGACAGGUUGAGUUGGGAGCAAACACAUCACGCUCUCCAAGUCCUGGAACAAGUCCUUGUACUGAUGACAACUCCUUGGGCCAAGUAUCAAACAUAAAUGAUGAUGAAUCUUCGGUGAAUCUUAGCUCUGAAGAUAUGGGUUAUAUACCUACCAUACCAAUGCCAGAUUCAAGGGAUGAAGAAGAUCUGCCCGAUAAAAAUGAACUCAAACUUGAUUUUGGUUUCGAUUUUGAUGCUGGGGAUCAAUCUUGCACAACUCAAAGUGGACCAACUAGCCACCAAGAUCCUCCCUCAGAGAAUGACAAAACUCCAGAAAAAUCGGAAAAAGGUUCUCCUAAAAGAUUGCCCACUACACCAAGAAGAGACAGUUCAGAAGGCAGCACCCCAAAAGCUUCACCUAGAGGGGCAGGCUACUUGAUAGAUGACGAUGACAGCACUUUGAGCUCUAUUACAGAAAAAACAGAACCGGUUGCUAGCCCCGAGUUGGGUGAAGUUAUUAGUCCUGAUCCAAUCUCUCCUCUCCCAGAAAACACUUUGUCGGACAGCAUUUCUCUUAAUUCGGAUGUUGAAAUAUCUGGUUAUUUAUCAGAAAGCGUGAGAAGCAGUGCAAGCGGCAGAAAAUCACCCAGCCCAAAAGGUGACACCCCAAGUGACUUUAGAAUGACUCCAUAUAUCGAUGAAGCUCCAAGGUCCAUUUCUAGUGGUGUGGUAGCAUCUACAAAGAGAACACCCCCUCAAACACCCCCUAGCAAUCGAUCUAGCAUUGCUGAUGGUGUAAAAAAGAACAAGAUCACACCAACAAAUUCAUUACGAUCUGAACCGAAACUGCAUUUUGGUGGUAUGGACUACGAUGAUUCUGAUUCAGAAGAUACAUCCUUUGAUGAUUCAGUUGGGUUAAACAAGAGCGGCCACAAUAAGCCGGACAAGUCAAAAUCGGUCGAUAUUAAUGACCUAAGCGUAGUGUCUCAGUCAAAAAGUUCACUGACUGACAGAAACAUCCUAAACUCUGCAAGAUCUAGCCCAACUAGACUUAAACCCGACUUUAGUGCAGCUGAAAAGAGGGUAGAAUCUGAAAAAGUUCUGGAAAAAUCUAAGGAUGAAUCCAUCAGUGAGGAUAUAACCUCUGGCAUAUCUGAUGAUGAAGCAGAAUUACUAUUGGCUAAAUCGAGUGAUUUGCUCUUGAAUUACAUAACCCCUGUCAAAGAGGAGGCCACCAUGGAGAUAGACAUGGAGAGUAACGACGUGAGAGUUCCAGCUGCGUUUGCUCCAGACUCUCCUGCUGCCAAUAACAGCUUUGAAGAUAACAUCAUGAAACCGAAGCUAAAAUCUAAACAAGAGCCUUUCUGUGAGGCUGAUGUGACAAUGGAGGAUUCGAGCUCUGAUGAAAGUGAAACUGGAAAGUUGGCGAAAAAAUAUCUUACAGCUAAGAAAAGUAGAGAAACACCCGAAACUGGCAGAGCCACCUCUUCCAGCAAUUCUCCUAACUCUCCUAACUCUAAUUAUUGCUCGUCAGUCAGUCCAAUGGAGGGAGAAUGCUUAGAACAAAAGUCUGUCCCAACUUCUAAACAUGUCACCCCAAGGGUUUCAUUCGGAAGUGCCCCUAUUUGCUUCGCUGAACCUGACGGGACUAGCACGCCGAAAAAAGAAAAGAAAGAUGAUCAGGCGGAGGGGGAUGAAGAAAUUGCCAGUACAUCAGAACAAAAAUCUGUGGCACGGACUUCUCCUGGUGACCCAGCUCUUUCAGCUAAAUAUGAAGAUAUUGAGAGGAGGAAGUCGGAAGCUGAGCGAGAGCUUCAAGAGAUAAGAAAGAGCAGACGGUCACAAAGUCCAUGCUCUUUGUCAGAGUCAUAUGCUACUGAUUCAAGGAAUGUAAAAUCGGCAGAUAUACAGCGUGCUGCGAGUGAAGAGUCGAUUAAUUCGCUGAUUGAUAAGGAAGAAAUGCCUGUUGAUAUGUCCGUAAAAGUGACGCAAGAAGUCCAAAUGGAUCUUAAGGUUAAUCCUAACAUUGCCCCCGCUGCUAGGGCUGAAGCAAACAUGAGCGAAUGUGCUAGUGCCCUAAGUGAAGCUGUAUCUUACAUCCAAACUAAUCUUGAAAUUCAAAGUAAUCCUCAGGUGGAACAACUCCAAGAGCAGCUGAAAGAGACGAAACACAAGCUUCAUCGAGUUACAGAAUCAAAGAACAAAAGUGACACGCUUCGGAAGCAGCUAGAAAUUGAAACUGAGGAGCUCAGGCGAAAAAUCGAUGCAACUUAUAGCACGAAAACAAACGAUGAUAAAUCGAGAAUGGACAUGGAAUUGGAUUUGAGGAGCUUAAAACUAAAAUACGAACAUGAAUUGGAAGAGAGGGCUAGCAUAGAAUCACAGUACAGAACAUCGAAAGAAAACCUUCAGCAGCUCGAAUCAAAACACAAACUGUUGGUUUCCGAUCAUCAAGCGGCGGAGUUAGCAAAGAAACAACUUGAAAUAGAAACCAAGAAGUAUGAACACUCUCAGAAGCAGUACGAGUCUGAGAUCAGCGAACUGAAAAUAAUGCUCGAGGAGGAACAGAAAACUAGGUUGAUUCAGGAAGAAAUGUUUAACGAUCAGGUCAACAGAAGCAGAGAUCUUUCGUCAGAAGCCUCAAAAAACAUUCGACAGAAGCAAGAUUUUAUGCAGCAGUUGACUGAGGCUGAAGAGGUGUGCAGAAACGCUGAAAACCGAAAUAAAAAUCUCCUGAAUGAUCUGUCUAAUCUGAAGGCGAAGCAUGAGGAGGAGUCAAAGAAGUGGGUUGAGAGUGAAUCCGAGAUGAAAACAUGCAUUCAGAAACUGGAGAGUUCAGUUAAUGAACUGAGUGGUAAAACCGAUAUACAAUCAUCAAAACUGGAUGAGAAAAACUCAACCAUCAAAGAUCUUGAGGAAAAGUUGAGAACUGAGAUUUCUAAUCUUACUUUGUCUCAGCACGGCUUUGAUCUAAAAGAAAACGAGCUCAAAACAUCCAAUAAACAGUUUUCCGACGAAAUCCAAAAAUUAAGAGUCGACUUCGAAAAAACUGUCACAGAACGUGAUAUCAAGCAAAAUAAGCUCGUGGAAAUGGAGGGGAAGUUGAAGAUGGCAGAGGAGAUCGGCACUGCUUCAGCUAAUGAGCAGAUAAACGUGAUGAACCACAAGAUCGGCGAAGUUGAUGCCCAACUCAAAUUCAAAACACAGCAAUGCGAAGAAACGGCACGUAAGUUGAGGAAUGCCGAGGAAGAGGUUCGACAACUGGCGCUGAAGUUUGAGAAAGAAGCUCAGAUACGAAAGAUGAAAGAGGAAUCUCUUUGUUCUGAUACGGACCACUUGAUCGAAAAUGUAGCUGAAAAGGACGAGAAGAUAAAAAUUCUACAAAUCGAAGUUGGAGAAUUGGAAGAAAAGCUGCUACAUUCCAGUAAUAAAGUGAAAGACGUUCAAAUUGAGUUAAACGAAACAAAUAAACUUAUCUUGGACAAGACCGGGGCCAUUCUGACAAAUGCUGAGCGGGAUCAAAUUAAGGAAAAAUACGUAUCCAGCAUGGAAGAGCAGCUCCAAAAGGAACGAGAGAAGUUCGCUCUGAACAAUCACGAGCUGGAAAUGUUGAAGUGCAAGUUUGAGCACCUCAGCGAAGACAAAAAAUCUUUGGAAAUGCAGGUGGAUCAGAUGACGGAAAGUCUUCAGAUGAGGGACGAUUCAGUGAACCUGGUAAACGAGAAACUAACUGAAACUAGAUCGAAGUUCAUGAAGGAGAAUGACAAGACCAGAGAAGAACUGAAGAAGAAGAACGAAGCACUACAAGAACACAUGUCAGAGUUGAGGCAAAACUUGGUGUCUGCUGAGGCAGCCAAGGACAUGGGUGAAAUAGAGAUCAGUCGUCUUAAGCAGGAGGUGAAACAACAGGCAUCCUCCAUCAGGGUCAAAGAGGACAUGUUCAAACAACAAAAGUCUAGUCUUGAGGCGAAGAACACCGAGCUGUGUGAAGAAAUUAAGAAGAUUGAGAAGAAACUUCAGGAGUUGUACACAGACAGACUUCAUUUGAAGAACGAGUUGUCGAACACUAAAGAUAAGCUUGAUGCGGAGAUUACUCUUAGGAAGGAUGUUGAGAGGAAGCUUGACAGUAAGUCUCUGGCGAAUAGUACCUUGAAUAACGAUCUUAUUGAAUUGAAGGGUAACCAUGAUCGUGAAGCACAGAACAAGGCUCACUACCAGGAUCUCUACAAAUCAGAACAAGAUUACACCACACAACUGAAGGACGAGCUCACUGAAGCUAAGAAAAACGCCGCAUCACUGGAAUCCUUGAACGACACCCUGAGGAACACCGUAGAGGAAUUCAAGGAUAGUCACAGAGAAGAAAAGAUGGGCAGAACAUUAGCAUCUAAAGAACUGGAUGAAACGAGGCAGAUGCUGGAAAACGAGAUUAAAACCCGGUCUCACAUCGGAGGUAGAAUCACGAGCCUGGAGCAUGAGAACCAGGACCUCAACAACUCGCUUCAUGUGGAACAGAAGAAGGUGAAGAAGGCAGCUCAGUCAAGGAAGGUGGCGGAGGCCAAUGUGGACGCACUGCAGGCCAACAUGACCGAUCUUCACAAAGAUAUAGGGUCCGAUAGUGCUCCAAUAUGUUCUAACCCUAAAGCUGAACUAAAGGAUCAAUUGUUAAUUACACAAAAGGAAGCUGAAGAGGGAAAGAUAAAGGAACAGAAAUACAAUGCACUGAAAGGAAAGGUACAGCGAGACAAGAUGGCUCAGAAAAGGCGAGUAGGGGAACUAGAGAAAACUCUGGAUGACGCUCAGAAUAGUGUCAGGAUGGAGAGUGAACGGAGAGGCGCGGCGGAGGGAAACUACCUUCUCAUAAAGAAUGAAAUGCAAACUUUGCAAGGGAAGAUCCAACAGCUGCAGGCUGAGAGUAGCUCAAACAGUAAAGCGCGACAGAGUGCAGAACUGAGAUGCCAACAGUUACAGUUGGACCUCAACAACAUCCACAACAAAAUCGGAUCAGAUCUCGUCACGAGGGAGGAGCUGGAAAGUGUGAAGAAACAGGCGGAGGGUCGAGCGAGAAUUGAACUUAACAGAAAACUAGAGGAAAUCAAUGCGCAACUAGAGGAGCAAAGUAAAGCGCGUUCUACAAUCGACACCAUGAGAUCCGAGAACGAGGAUAAGAUGAAACGAGGGUUCGAGCGCACCGCUGCCGAGCUCAAGAAGGAGCUGAACGAUACAAAGUCUGCUCUGACAAAAGACCAGGUUAAUGCGAGUACUCUGCUGUCGGAGAACAGAAUGAUAAAGUCUCUGUUGGAGCGGGAACAGGAGCGUCGGAAACAUUUGGAACAAAGUCUGGAAGACCAACAACGUGAGCUUCAAACUAAAACUCGUAACUACGACGACUACAAAUCAGCACUUGACGCAGACACCAACAAGAACAUCAAUACUUCUGCACGUAAACCUUAUUCAGAUCCCAGCGAAACACUGGCGCGGAUGAAAGCUCGUCUCAAUCAAUCAAUAAACAAGUAUCUCGACGAGAAAAUAAACAACGAUGGCAGUACGGAACUUUGGGCACAGUUGUCGUCACGAAGCGAGCAUUCUGCUUCAAGCGAUCAGAAUCUCUCCCCGCGCACAGAACUUCAGCAGUCAGGGCGGACCUCGCCGUCCCCUCGUUAUAUGAGUAUUAUGAGGAGCAAUUACUAUCUGUGACGAAGAGGCUGACGUCAUAAUCACGUCAUAAUCACGUGAUAAUAUCAUUUCUUUAUUAGUGUCGGAGGAUGGCACACAAAGCACAGGACACCCACGGACGUUUCUUUUCUUGAAGUGCCAGGAAUAUUUUAAUUUGGUUUACGUUACGUUAUUAUUGAUAAGUUUUUACUUUACAUUCCACGUUGACAUUAAGAUAACAAUUAAUGUUAUAAUGUACAGUGUACACAUGGUUGUUUUAUAUUCAAGCAGAUUGUGCGGUAUGUGUAUUUUGGGAAGGAAAGGUUUAGGUUUGGGACAUGCUCAGAUGUAGGGUUGUGACUUGUGUUAAAGCUGAAUUUUUGUCUUGUUGGGAGAUUUAGUUUGUUAGUAGCUGUUUUUGUUAAUUUAGUUCUUGGAAAAUGUUAAUUUGUUCAUCCCGAGUUUUUCAUUAUGUCACUUCACUCAUGUAAAAUAUUGUUUAUAGGUAUUAGGAAUUUGGAAGCAAAGCGUCCUUUCAAGACUUAAACUAUUCACAUUAUUUUCGUUAUUAUGUAGGUGAAAACAACGUUAACUUUCUUAACAUAGCCUUAUUUUUUUUUUGUAUAAAUCAUAUUAUGCUAAACUUGUUGAUUAAACAAUUCUGUGUUUGUGAUCAAGUGAGAUUAUUCUGACUUUAUUUCAGUUAACUCAAGAGAGUAAUGUAUAGCUCAACUAUUUUGAUAACGAUGUUCUGUACAGCUCAGUUACUUUAUAAAUAUCAUUUUGGCAUUUUUAAUUGAUCAAA